AGGUGACUGGAGUUGACGCCUCUCUCUCCACCACUCCGGCUUCUCUAAAGUCAUAACGUCAUCACGUCGCGUGUGUGUUUGACGGUCACAGUUUGGCAACAUGGCGGCGCACAGACUUUCUCCAUCACUGAACAGGCUGCUGUUCACUGCAAAGUAUGGUGCAUUUCAAACCAGAUGCUGUACAGUGCACAGCAGUGUUCAGUAUUCCACCACCUACAAUCCCAAUGAGAAGACCUUUGAUAAGAUCCUCAUUGCCAACAGAGGAGAGAUUGCUUGCAGAGUGAUCAAGACUUGUCGGAAAAUGGGGAUCAAGUCUGUAGCUGUUCACAGUGAUGUAGACUCCAGUGCUGUUCACGUCAAGAUGGCUGACGAAGCAGUAUGUGUUGGCCCUGCCCCCACUAGCAAGAGCUACCUGAACAUGGACGCCAUCAUGGAUGCCAUCAGAGCCACUGGAGCACAAGCUGUUCAUCCUGGUUACGGGUUUCUCAGUGAAAAUAAAGAGUUUGCGAAGCGACUGGCAGCAGAGGGCGUGUCAUUCAUUGGCCCAGACACCCAUGCUAUCCAGGCAAUGGGGGAUAAAAUUGAGAGCAAACUGAUCGCUAAGGCCGCUAAGGUCAACACUAUCCCAGGAUUUGAUGGAGUUGUCAAGACUGCUGAGGAAGCUGUGAAGAUUGCACAAGAAAUUGGCUACCCAGUGAUGAUCAAAGCAUCUGCAGGAGGAGGAGGGAAAGGGAUGAGGAUUGCUUGGAAUGAUGAGGAGACAAGGGAAGGUUUCCGGUUCUCGUCCCAGGAGGCAGCGUCCAGCUUUGGAGACGACAGGCUGCUCAUUGAAAAGUACAUAGACAACCCCAGACACAUAGAGAUACAGGUGCUGGCUGAUAAACAUGGCAAUGCUCUGUGGCUGAAUGAGAGGGAGUGCUCCAUCCAGAGGAGGAACCAGAAGGUUGUGGAAGAGGCACCUAGUACUUUCCUUGAUCCAGAGACACGACGGGCAAUGGGUGAGCAGGCAGUGCAGCUGGCCAAGGCCGUGCAGUACUCCUCUGCUGGCACGGUGGAGUUUCUGGUGGAUUCUAAGAAGAGCUUCUACUUCCUGGAGAUGAACACACGACUACAGGUGGAGCAUCCUAUUACUGAAUGUAUUACUGGCCUGGACCUGGUGGAGCAGAUGAUCAGGGUUGCCAAAGGUUACCAACUGCAGCACAAACAAGAGGAUAUCCCAAUAAAUGGCUGGGCCAUUGAGAGUCGCGUCUAUGCUGAGGAUCCAUACAAGUCUUUUGGUCUUCCAUCCAUUGGACGGUUGUCUCAAUAUCAAGAGCCACUCAAUGUCAGCAAUGUCCGUGUAGACAGCGGCAUCCAGGAGGGAAGUGACAUCAGCAUCUACUAUGACCCCAUGAUCUCUAAGUUGGUAACCUAUGGAGCUACACGCGCUGAAGCCCUUGCCAGGAUGGAGGACGCUCUGGAUAACUACGUUAUCAGAGGUGUGACCCACAACAUUCCCCUCCUACGGGAAAUCAUCACCCACCCUCGCUUUAUUUCCGGAGACAUCAGCACCAACUUCCUGCCAGAGGUUUACCCUGAUGGCUUCAAAGGCCACCAGCUGGAUGUGGACAAACGCAGGGAGCUGUUGGCCUCGGCAGCAGCGCUCUACAUCACUGCUCAGCUCCGUUCACAGAAUGUCCUUGGCAACCUGAGGGUGUCCUCCACCCCUGUGGAGUGUAGCCACUGGGAGCUGUGUGCGCAGCUGGGGGAGGGAUGGCAUUCUAUGAAGGUUACCAAAUCAGGAAAUGUUUAUGCUGUGGAGGUGGAUGGAGGAAAGGUGGAAGUCAGUGCACAGUGGAAUUUGGCCUCCCCACUGCUGCCACUCGCCAUUAACGGCACAAACAGGACGUUACAGUGUCUUUCCAGAGAUGCUUCAGGAAAGAUUGUCCUGCAGUACCUGGGCACUUCGUUUGAGGUUCGCAUUCUGUCCAAGUUGGCUGCAGAGCUGAACGCCUUCAUGCCAGAGAAAGUUGCAGAAGACACUAGCAGCAUCUUACGUUCACCAAUGCCGGGCACAGUGGUGGCUGUGUCAGUCAAGCCUGGAGAUACGGUUGCAGAGGGUCAAGAGAUCUGCGUGAUUGAAGCCAUGAAGAUGCAGAACAGUUUGACUGCUUCCAAACAAGCAAAGGUUAAGAAUGUCCACUGUAAGCCAGGGGAGACUGUAGGAGAGGGAGACCUGCUGGUAGAGCUGGAAUAAGACACACCUUUCACCUUCGAUGUGGGACAUCAGCACCGGGAUGAGCCUUACUCCUCUCUGCGUCCACAGAGGAAGACCCACACUGGCAAACAGACUGGACAAUACCAGAUGCUCCAUUUAUCUUUCCAGUGGUGUGUCUCCACAGUGGCCUCCAUCAGAGUUUAGUUUCCCUCGUGGUCACUCAGAGCUGAGUUGUAUCAGCUGUGUUAGUGUCUUCUCCACAUGUCAGCCUCCUUCGUGUUGUUUGGUUGGAUUCAAUUGUCUUGAGCAAAAUCUCUUUUCAUACUGUUUCUGUUUUGUGUGUUUUCUAGACCUGAUUUGUUCACCCACAAAAAAAAACAGUCUUCAUUUUGCCCCUGUGCUGUCUGCCCCUGCAGAUAGUUUUGAGAUAUCUACAUAGGAAAGAUCUGUUACCACUUCAGUACAAUGGAAGGAUAUGGACUUUAGUUUAUAAUUUACUGUUGUUUUUCCAGUUUGACUUUUCUGUGAUUUGAGCACUACAAAGAAAAGUCCCUUUACCUCUGUUGUACUGGAGUGGAGGAAGAAAUCUCAGAGGCAGAUGUCACAAAACCUCAUCUGAUGCUUGAAUAACACUCAAGAUGGGCAGGAAAAAUGUCUGACACCUCUAUACACAACCAAUAAAGUGCUCAUUCUUUUCUA